CGUUCAAAUCUUCCUUCUGUAUGUAUCGAUAGAUAUAGAUAGAUAGAUAGGUGUAAACUGUGAAGCGGCCGCCGAUUGGGACCUCUGUGCUCUGCUCUACGACUCGCCGAUCUGUUUGACUCGGUUUCUUAUUAGGUUCUAGCUCCAUCGAACAACCUAGUACUACUCUGCACGGACCAUAGUUUUUUAUUCAGAAUUUUCUCGCAAGAGUUUCUGCUAAACAAUCAGAGUUUUUUGGUCGUUUCGGACACCAGUUUUUUCGUUCGGUGCUGUGAUCUGCCAUGAUCUUUAAAUAGCGGAGUAAGUUUUUGAGAGAGCGUUUGUAACCAGAGGGUAAAAGGGUUCUUCAUUUCUCUUGAGAGACGAGCUUUGAAUCGAAAGUUUGACUAUCUCUUUGAGGUCCGGUAUUGAAAACCCUACAACGAGGAGAGUAUAGCCAUCUCUGUGUGUUUGAUUCGUUGUAGAAGAAUGGUGGAGUUGGAGAAUUCCUCACCGACAGUCUCUACAGCUUCUCGAGAAGUGUCUGGUUAUGAACAAACGACGCCCUUGCCAGCAGCGCCACCACUUAAGAAAAAGCGAAACCUACCUGGAAUGCCCGAUCCAGAGGCUGAGGUGAUUGCUUUAUCCCCAAAGACUCUUCUGGCGACGAAUCGAUUUGUGUGUGAGAUCUGCAACAAAGGGUUUCAGCGCGACCAGAACCUUCAACUUCACCGACGAGGCCAUAACCUGCCAUGGAAGCUCAAGCAGAGAACAAGCAAAGAGGUUCGGAAGCGGGUCUACGUGUGUCCAGAACCUUCCUGCGUUCACCACAGCCCGGGGAGAGCACUCGGAGACCUCACUGGCAUAAAAAAGCACUUCUGUAGAAAGCACGGUGAGAAAAAAUGGAAGUGCGAGAGGUGCUCGAAGAAGUACGCCGUUCAGUCCGAUUGGAAGGCGCACAUGAAGACCUGCGGUACCAGAGAGUAUAAAUGCGACUGCGGGACCAUUUUCUCUAGGAGGGAUAGUUUUAUCACGCACAGAGCUUUCUGUGAUGCAUUGGCGGAGGAGAGUGCGAGGACCCACACCCAAGAGAUUCCUAGCUCAGGGCCAAAUAUGAAUGCUAGUGUUGUGGCUUCGUCGCCGCCACCGCCGCCGCCUCUUACUCCGACUACGACUGUGGCGUCUCCAGCUUUGUCUAUUCAGAGUUCAGAACUGUCAGAAAACCCAAUUGGAGUGUCUCCUGUGACCGCAACAGCGGCGUACCUAAACACCACGGCAGCCACGACCACCAGAUCAUCUUCCAGCUCCGGCGCCGGCGUAAUUGCAAGUAUAUUUGCACCUUCAACCGUCACUACAAUAACCCAGCAGCCUUCCUCAUUCUCCAAUGUUAUCUGCGCCUUUUCCCGCUCAGAUUGCCCCAGUACUGCUAACCCUAUUGAACCCACGUCCCUUUCUCUCUCCACAUCCCUCUAUCUCUCCAACAAUGGCUCCUCAUCCAUAUUCGCGACUCCCAACCAAGACUAUCGCCACUAUGCUCCUUGCCCGCAGCCCGCGAUGUCUGCAACGGCAUUACUACAAAAGGCGGCUCAAAUGGGCGCUGCGGCAUCGAACGCAUCGUUACUUCGGGGUUUUGGGUUGACAACAUCAUCUUCUUCCGGUCAAGAUGGCAGCGCUGCGGGGUGGAAUGGCCAUGUGAAGACGGAGUGCAGCUCUCCAUCGAUGACAGACGGACUUGGGCUUAGACUCCCCUCUGGCGGCGGGAGUUCUGGUUUGACAGAUCAUGUGAUGAUGGGCGGCGGCGGCAGCUCAUCUUCGCCGUUUGGGAGCCAGCCAAUGACGCGGGAUCUUCUGGGGCUGGGCAGAGAUGGGGGUGGCACCUCCACUGGAGGUCUUUCUGCUCUGCUCACUUCCUUUGGCAGUGGCUUUGAUGUUGCAGUUUCAGCUGCAGCUGCAUCAUUACACAACACCCAAAACAACAAUUCCUGAACUCUUGACACAUACUUCGAGACAGAACUAGUGUGUCUGUAAAAGUGAGAAACCGGUGUUGAAUUAAUAUGUAUAUAUAUCACAAAAAUAUUCUGGUAACGGAGUCGCAUGCAGUCAGGCAAAGUUAAGCUGGGUCAUUGCUCUGCAGGAGUGCACCGGCCGGCUUUGUUUUGCAGUUGCAGCUCCGUUCCCCGGAUAUUUUUGUGAUGGAUCGGUUAGUCACCUGUAAUUUCUGCUUAAAAUAAUAUAGUUUAGUUAAGUUUUUGAGAACAA